AAUGUGUUGUUGUAAUCAAUAUUAUAAUAAAUGUUGUAAUAAGUGAUCAAUUGGUUGGAAAUGUCGUCUCAUUUGAAACAAUCGACAGCAUUGUCUUCAUUGACAACAAUUUAUUCAGACUCUGAGGACAACGAAUCGGACAGAGAUAGCAAUGAAGACAAAGUCAAUAUUACAUCAAUUGUGUCCGAUUUGGCCGCCGAGAGCCGCACUAACUCUCCGUCAAUGUUUCAAUCAAUAGACUCAUUGGAUAAAAGACAUUCAUUUGAUGAACAAAUGAGAGAUGAUGUCUAUGAAGAAGACAAAUGUCAGACACAAGAGUUGGACGACGAUCGGUGCACUUCUCCCAUCACUUUUCAUAAAUCACUGUUUGGUAAAACUGAUGACCAGAUUGUUAUACCAUUGGAACCGAUAGAAAAGUGCUCGAAAUCAUUACAAGAAAAAAUAGAAAGAUUACACUACAAGAUGAAAAUGGGAUCAAAUAUGACUACUAUUAUUCAAAGACGUAAAGACUUUCGAAAUCCAAGUAUCUAUGAGAAGUUGAUCGCGUACUGCGAUAUCGAUGAAAUGGCCACUAAUUAUCCGCCCGAUGUUUACAAUCCACACAUUUGGACUGAGAAAUCGUUUUAUGAAGAAUUAGCUAAACGUCAGAAGGAAGACAUGGAUAGGAGAGAAAAGGAUAGAAAAGAGAGGACUAAAGUUGAGUUCAUGUCGGGUACAAAAAAGGGACCGACGGGUGACACCAAUGAAUCGACCAAAAAGAAAAGUAAAUGGGAUUUACCGAGUAAUGUGUCGACCACUCAGUCAAUCACUCUUAUGCGACCUCAAGUUGUCAUACCUGUGACCACAGCGACCGGCACUAAGCCAACAGUGAUCUCAGCGUUUGGCACUAUAACCAAAAAGUCCAAAUAAUUAUUUUUCUCACAUUUCAUCAUUUCUAUCAAAAUUUUGAUAAUUAAUUUAUUAUAAUAUUAUUUUCAUAUU